GGGCCUGUUACUUCUGCGACUGCUAAGAAUCUCAACUCUCUCUCUCUCUCUCUAAUUUUUUUUUUUGUUCGAAAACCUAAAAGAAGGGACUUCACUGUGGCGGGAACUUUACAUUUAAAUCACUAUCACUGCAAACACAAAUUCCCUAGAAGAAUUCUGCAUUUCUACCGUGUAAAUGGAUUUGAGUUCCAUCAAGGAAUAUCUAAAGGAGGUACCUGAUUGGGACGACGAGGUAAUGGCCACAGCCCGAUUCAAGGCGUUCAGCGGCCAAAGAUUAGAUUGGGAACCUAAAUUCCGUUUCUGGCGUGACUUGAUUCUCAACAUCUGCCGCCAUUUUGGCCUCUUUAUCGUUCAACCCUCGCAGGUGAAGAAUAUUUGGUUCAAUCGUGGGGGAUUGGUACCUUUAUGUAUCGAAGACGUGCUGGUCGUCAUGUAUAACGAAGGUGAUAUUAUUCGAAUUGGGGAUCUUGAGGAUCCAACUCGUACGCGCUUCUCUCAGCUAUUAAGCAAAGUGAGGAAUUUGGUGGUGCGAACCAGAAUGGCACCGGAACUCAUUCUUGAAGACCGAGUCAUUAUUGCCCCACUAUUAAAAGAGAAAGCAGCUGAAGUUGUUAAACUUUUAUCCGAGACCCAUUGGACUUCUUCAUGUGUUAUUACGAUGAAGAAGUUCCAAAACAUUUGUAGAGGAUCUAGUGAAGCAUUUGCAGUCUUGAGUUACUUGUCUAAAUGUGGGAACACACAGUAUCUCUCCAUUACUAAGAAGGAACUAAUAGAGGGUAUAAAAGUUUCCCUAACACCAGCUGCAGUUCCCAGUAUUUCAAGUUUAGAUUGUGAUGUUCUGCAUUUGAUAUGGACAACCGAAAAGCUUCAAGAACAACUUGAUCUGAUUGAUCAGCGUUAUCAGGGAUCAAGAAAAUCAGCAUUGACUUCUUUAAAAUCUGGAAACAAGAAACUGGCUUUGAGGUAUGCAAAGGAGAUGAAGUUGGGAAAUGAGAGUAGAGAAAAAUAUACAUCCCUUCUGAACAGGGUGGAGGAAGUCCUAAAUGUAAUUGCGGAUGCUGAAUCCACCAAAAAGCUUUCUGAAGCUAUCCAAAUUGGAGGCAGGAUAAUGAAGGAAAAUCAGAUCAGUUUUGAGGAAGUUCAAGUUUGUUUAGACAAACUCGAGGAGAUAAUUGAUUCACAGAAGCAAGUUGAAAAAGCUCUUGGAUCCACUCCUUCAUAUGCUGACAUUGAAGAUGAAGAUAUUGAAGAUGAAUUUAACAAAUUGGAGUUGGAACUAGAAAGUGAAAAGUCACAAGUUCAAGCGGCAGGAAAAGCAGCUUCUUCCAAAUCUGCAGAAUCAUUGAGUAACAUUCUUUCAAAUCUCAGGCUUGCUGAUGGUCCUGGUGUGGCAUCAGAAAUUCUGGAAACUGUUGCAAGAGGCAGAAAAGAUGAAUCAAAAAGUUCAAUUCUUGAACCUGCGUAGUUACAUCUUAUGAUUUCUUUCAUUCUUUUGUCAUAUAACUUAGAAGUGUAGCCAUCAAUCUCUAGAUCUGUUUUGUUUGUAUAAAAUUCGCAAUGUAUGUAUCCAAAUGUAGUGUUAUUAACAGUUGAUGAAGGGGCAUUUUUCCUGUUGUAUUUCAUUUUCUUUUAGUUGAUUAUGUAAAUAUCCAAAGAAUUGUAUCCACUGGCAAAAGAAUGGACCAUUCAUCUUCUAAUGAAGACUGGUUGGCUGAGUGGGAAUUUUUACAAA